AUGCCAAAAGCAAUCGUAAUGGUGGAGGCCCCUGGGGGACCCGGGGAGACCUACUGGCCGCUCAAAAUAACAGAAGUUCCUUUUCCAAAACCGCAUGCAGACGAAGUUGUGGUCAAAGUUUCCUGCGCAUCCCUCAACCAUCGAGAUCUCUUUGCACGUCAAAAGUUGUACCGUGGGGCUUCUCCCGGAGUGCCAAUAAUGGCAGAUGCAGUAGGAGUGGUUGUAUUGGCGGCAUCUGAAGAGAAUAAGAAACAAUGGUUGGGUAAAAGAGUUCUUCUGGCUCCGGCCAGAGGGUGGAAAAGUGAUCCGAAGGGUCCGGAGUCUGAUAUAUCUAUACUUGGAGGAACAGUGAAGCUCAAGAACGGCUGUUGCCAGGAAUAUAUUGCCGUCCCCGCCGCAGAGAUCGAGCCGUGCCCGGCGCAUCUUUCUGACUCUGAAGCUGCGGCCAUUCCCCUGGCAGCACUCACGGCAUGGAGAGCCACAAUUGUCAAAGCUGAAGUUCAGCCAGGACAUAAUGUCUUGAUUACGGGUAUUGGCGGAGGCGUCGCACUAUUCUGCCUUCAGUUUGCGCUAUUACGCGGAGCAUCAGUAUAUGUUUCGUCUGGAUCUGAAGACAAAAUAUCCAAAGCGAAGGCACUAGGUGCCACGGCAGGAGUCAACUACAAAAAUGUUAGAUGGAACGAGCAGCUGCUGGAUCUUCUUCCGUCGGAAAGACCUUAUUUGGACGCAAUAAUCGAUGGUGCUGGCGGUGACGUCGUAUGGAGGUCAUUGAAUCUGCUGAGGACCGGCGGCAUUAUUGCUAGCUAUGGUAUGACCCUUGGUCCAAAGAUUACUUUUAGCAUGCCGGCUGUGAUGAAGAACAUCGAGGUUCGCUUCAACCCUUCUCCCCCUUCCAUUUUCUUUUCCCGAUUAGACUUUGACUUUGGAUUCUUGGGCUGA